AUGGUACACGUCGAGAGGUCACAAGCUGUGGAGACUUAUCUACAUAACUUUAUAGACGGGAAGGAGCAGGAUCAGGAAAUUCUCGAGAUUACACUUUGCUAUGGAAUACAAUGUCUCUCUCGGAGCGUUUCGCUCAAUGGCAUGAACUGCCACGAAUUACGCACCAUCACAGGAUAUGAUGCAGCUAAGACCCGAGACUUUGAUGUACGCAAUGCGUCUCAAUCCAUUGACAAAAAAGAUGGAAGGAGGCCGGUGGAAGUACGGACCAAGCCUUCGCAUGCUUGGAGAGACGGAGAAGUAGAGAUGCCGGAUUUUUCGACACCUUCUUCUGUGGCUGAGGUUGCAUUACAGUCUAGUGGAGAUUCAGAGACUGAAAAGGGAGCUUUGUACUCGUUACCGCCAUCGUUUGACGAGAUUGACUACUUUACUAAGUUGUUGGGAAAGGCUUUGGUGAACCUGACGUGGAAGAUCUUUGCGGAGAGAAAAGGGAUGCAGAUUACUACGAGAGAAGAACUUGAUGAACAAUUUACUCGAGUGGAUCAAAGAAAAACAGUGACGAUGAUUCCGCCGCUACAAAUGCCGGUCACAUCGUUUGCAACGUUUUUGAGCAUGUAUGUAACAGAGUGCGUGCGUCAGGCGCAGCAAACAGGCUCUACGGACAACAAUAAAAGUGGUUCUGGUCAAGAAAGCAUUUACGCUGGAAGGGGUGCACGUUUGGAUUCUUCAGACCUUCCUUCGGUCAAAAAGGGACAGCAACGGAGUGCGAGUAGUUUCCACGCUGUAAGAAGCAACACAAAACCAGCAGAGUUUGUACAUGAUAAUACGGGGCAAAAACAGCGUCCUCUACUACCUCAACCUCGACAGCGGCAGUCACAACAAGAUUCUCGCUCAUUUCACCGUGUUCAGUCAAAGAUCCAGCCUGCGAUACUACGAACACAGCAGCAGAAACUGACGCGUGUGAAGAAGACACAGUCACAGAGAAAGACCGAGGCCCUAGCGCGUGAUGGGCGUCUUGCUCACAAGAAGAUACCUAUCAGUGAUAUAACGACCGGUGCCGUUGCAUUGAAAAUCGUGGACAACUUCAUAAAGAGUCCUCUCAUGGACAAAUUUGGUCGUGGACAUAUGCCCGUCUCAGGUAGAACAACGCCACUAGCAACUAAGCCCACCCAGUCGCGCUUAGCACAAAAGGAUCCCAUAGAAGAAGAAUUGGACGGCACAACAGUAUUGGAUAACUCCUCGUGCGGAUGCAAGUCCGAACUACGGCAUCGAUCAGCGAGUCAACCAAAAGAACCGAAACGAAGAUACGACGGAUGGGUGGGUGAUUUCGGGCUGCUUCACACGAAAACUGUGCGGCCUGAAUGGAAUGAAGAUGAUGCUGCCGAGCCUGAUUCGCACGCCAGAGGAACCAAGUUCGAGUGGAAUUUUGAGAAUCUUCCUGGUGAAAGUCGCGAGAAUAACGAUUGCCCCAAGGCACAAACGAGUUUUGACGGAGUAGCGAGUGACAAAGAGCCUACACAAGAAAUCAAUGACUUUGACGAUGACUUAGGCGAUGCGCUUAGUGAAACCUCGGACCCUGUAUUCCAAUGGCUUAAAGGCGCCGUUUGA